AUGUGGAUGAUAGUGUUAGCUGAAGAAUCAGAACUUGCCUACAAGAAUGGCUUCGAAAUGGCUAAGAAUCAUAUGAUAGCAACAAAUCCAAUCCGACUUCGUCUUGCUUUAAAUUUAUCUAUCUUUUAUUAUGAAAUUCUCGAUGAAAUAGAUGUUGCCUGUCGCUUAGCCAAGGAGGCUUUCGAUGACGGUCUGGAUGGAUUGGCUAUUCUCGAUGAAAAUGCUUACAAAGGUAGAAAAUAA